UUAAAUUGUGAAUAAAGUGGGCAGAGUUUUUAAUCACAAAAAAUAGUAAUCAUUUUGUAGGUCAAAUUGUAACGGGAGGUUCAAUGAUGAUAACAAUUAUCGAGGUCACAAGCGGGAGAGCCGAUGAAUCUUGAAACCAUUUGCAUUAACAAUUUAACUGUUGAACCAUCAACAUGUUAAUCAACUUUCCAACUGUCAACAUUUAACUAGUUUGUUUCCAAAUUAUAUGGGAUUUCCUUGUAAACAGUUGAUGACUUUGUUCAAGUGCAAUCUGAAAGUGAACACAAAAAAAGUGAAAUUAAAUUGAAUUCAAAGUUAAUUUAUUGAGUUUCAUCUUUCCGUUUUAAUUUUGGUUAGUUAUACCUGUCCAUGUUUCAGGUUAAAGUGGUGUUACAAUUAAAAAGAAACGUUUUGCCAUUCAAAUUGAUUCAUUUCUUUACAUAUAAUUUCAUCUAAUCAAAAAUGGAUCAUCAUUUGAGUUAAUCAGUGAUGAUCAUAGUGAUGUUAAACCUGAUCAAGAUGAUAAUAGUGAGUUUACUUGUUAAUGUGUCAAUCUGCAAAUAAUGAUUAUUGGCUUUGAUUCAAUUUCCUUCCAUUAUUUCAAUCAAACUUUCAAUAUUUAUUUUUCAACCUCGUUGUACAUAAAAAUUAAGACAACAAUCUGAUUAAUUGCAAAAUGUUCAUCCAACGAUACAUUUUCAACACUCACAAUCAAAAAGGAUUAUUUUCAAUUCAUAGUUUAGUUAAAGUGUUGUUAUUAGUGUUGAUAUUUUUUCACUCAACAGUCAAUGGAUCACAAAAUCGAACGGCAAAACAAUCUUCCCUGUUUUCAGGAUUCAACAUUAAUUUUUGUCGCACUCCUGAUGGCAUUCCUGGUGAAUGUGGUGAUAUAAGAAGAUGCAUUUGGCUUGUUUUUGAUGUUCAAAGACUUCGCCAAUCAGUUUGUUUCCGUAACCUUUUAUUUCCCGGAGUCUGUUGUCCCUCUCCGAUGCCAGGAGUUCAGACACCGAAUCCACCACCAAAUGGCCAACCACCCAUUUUAACUUCACAACCAUCAACAUCUAAUCAUCAAAUUUCGCCGAGUCAACCAAUAGUUUCUCAUCCAAGCAUUCCAGCAUCUGUAACAACUCAUCGACCAUCAAUUUUAAUAACAAAUAAGCCUUCAUCCUCUUCAGGUGGUAGUCAUUAUGAAACUAUUAAUAAACCAAUCAAUAGACCACUUUGGACUGUUUCGUCAACAUCUUCAACAACUGCGUCUUCAUCAACAGCACUUGUUUCAAGCUCGUCCACAACAAUUUCACCCUCGUCAUUACAGCCAACAUCAACAACAAAAAGACCAAAUAAUCAGCUCAUCACUACAACACCUUCAAGUUUUACUAACAAUAGUUUACCUGUUUCUUAUAAAGAUUGUGGUAUAUCAGGUAAAGAUAGUCGGAUUGUUGGUGGUUUUGAUGCUCGCACAGGUCAAUGGCCUUGGAUGGCAGCCAUAUUUUUGGAUAAACCAAAAGGUCGUGAAUUUUGGUGCGGUGGAGCAUUGAUUAAUGAGGAAUACAUUUUAACUGCUGCUCAUUGUCUUUCAGAUCCUCGAGGAUUCAAGUAUGUAACACAACAAUUGACCAUACGAUUAGGUGAUAAUCAUUUAUAUCGAGACGAUGAUGGAGCCGUUCCACAAGAGUUCAAAGUGCGAUCCAUUUCUCAGCAUCCAAAUUUUCAAAGACAUGGAUUUUUCAAUGAUAUUGGAUUGAUUAGGAUUCAAGGGCGAGCACGAAUAGAUGAUUUUGUUAGACCAAUUUGUUUGCCUUUGGGUGAAUCCAGAACAAAAGACUUGAAAGGUUACAUGGCAACGGUUCUUGGAUGGGGCACACUCUAUUAUGGUGGUCCAGGUUCAGGUAUCCUUCAACAGGUUUCAAUGCCGAUUUGGGACAAUCAAGACUGUGAUAAAAAAUACUUUCAACCAAUUAACAAAAAUUUUUUAUGUGCUGGUUACUUAUCUGGUGGUAAAGAUGCUUGUCAGGGUGACUCAGGAAGCCCUUUGAUGGUCUCUGAUCCUAAUUUGAAAUGGACAAUUUAUGGAGUCGUUUCUUUUGGUAACCGAUGUGCUCAACCGGGUUACCCAGGAGUUUAUACACGAGUAACAGAGUAUCUGGAAUGGAUUGGAGAAAAUGUUAGACAAUAAUUUCAUAAACAAAAGA